AUGUUUUCGCAGAAAGGGAAAAACGACGAAGCAAAGCACGAAAUGAAAUUCGACACCGGGCAACCAUUUGAAAGUGUCGUUCAUUCAGACGAUGCAUUCAGGACAUGUCUAGAGAAAUUGAUAAAGUCUCCACAAAGUCGAGAAGCCUCUCGGGGGUGGGCAAGAAAUCUUCGACUUCUGUAUCCAUUAAACGAUCAGACUCGCGAUAACACCGAUAUUCAAGUCCAAGAUGUCUCCAAAGGCUUGAAAUCCAUGAAUCCUUUCCGGUCCAACAAGAAUGCGAGGCCACCGCCACAACCACCCAACAAAAACUCACAGGUCACAAAUCUAGCACUGGCAGCUUCUAAGAGCUUCCCGGUGCCACCGCACUACGUCGCAAUAUCAUAUUGCUGGAACCGUAAGGGUAGCAAUAACUACACAAAAGAAGAACUCGAAGGAACUGUAUAUGUUCAUUCUCGGGGUAAAGAGACAAAAAAGGCCAAAGCCCCAGCAGUCGUGUUGCAACGUGGGAUCAAUUUCGCCCUGGCCCAUAACAUGAAAUGCAUUUGGAUCGACCAAGAGUGUAUCAAUCAGAACGAGGGAGAAGAUUCGCGAAAAGAUAAAGAACUCGGUAUCCAAGCAAUGGACCUUGUGUACGAAAAGUCCAUGCGACCAGUGGCCCUUCUGACGUCUAUCAUCCAAACUCAGGGGCAGAUAAACGCUUUAGAGCAAUUCUUGACCAUUGCUGUGGAUUUAAACAAAGAACAAGGUGACUUUUUGGACGUCUUGACUAUCCUGGCAAAUGAUGACUGGUUUACACGUGCCUGGACCUUCCAAGAAGCCAUCGCUUCUGGGAGUAAACAUGGUAUGUCGAUCUUAAUACGGCAUAAGCCCGAUCUGAAAAAGAACGAUAGACUCAUGGGGAAGAUGCCGGGAGAAAUCGAGAUAGAGCUUGACGACUUGGCUUGGCCGGCUCAUACGCUUCUGACGAAUGUCAAGAUGAAGUGCUUACAAAAACAUGAUGCAAACCUCCUAAGGCAUCAUCAAGAUCUUAAUAAAGUCUUAUCCAAAUUACUUGAUGUCUGCCCCCAAAAGAAGAAGGAUUUCACAUACGAUGGAGUCACGGCCUUGCAAUUUCUCGAGAGGCGGUACAACAGUCGUGCCUCAGAUCGACCAGCAAUUCUAGCGAAUCUGUGCGAUUAUCCUCAACGGAUUAACACAAUUGAAGCUGAAGAGCAUCAAAUCAGUCUGAGUGUCUGUCUCUUUUUACUCUGUAUUAUGAAUGGAGAUUUGUCCCUGGUUACCUGCCAUCGCAACAUUCGUCCCUCACAGCGUUUGGGCUACUCUUGGGGGCCCCAUAGGAAAGAGUCUAUUCGCUCGGCACUUUACAGCGGUUUUAAUCUGCAAGAGUGGGGUGGAAAUCCGCCUCGACUCGUUCGACCCAUCUUGAGUAAGCGGGGUCUGCGUCUUUCUGGGUGGAUCUGGAAGAUUGGAGCACAGCUAGAUCUUUCCCAUAUCAAACAGCUUACCACGAACUUCCCAAUGGAACAGAGGAAGAAUAAGAUAUGGGAAAUUCUGACCUAUUUGGUCAAACACGGCUUCAACACCGUAGCCGGGCUAGUUUGGUCAAGUCUCCAUUUUUUCGAACAUUUGGAAUUCAACUCCACGAAGCAUACAUGGGAACAGAAGAGAGCGCACUUUGAUAAACACUGUAUCAUGAACCGUCAAGAAUCCCAUCGUCUACUUAUUGCCAUAACGCAGAGCGGCACGAUUUCACUCGGGUAUAGAGAAUCGGAUACCGGAAGAAAAACACAAAGUUCACCUGAUAAAGCCAAAUACCAGGCCAUUUUCUAUUCAAAAAUGGAUGUUGGUGCCAUGGUUCUCACACCAGAGCUUGCGGGCAUCCAGGAGGGCAAAACUCAUCGAAGCCUCUUUUCUCCUGUCGCGUGGGAGCUCGAUAACCCAUCGGCUCCAAUUUCAAUUGAGAAGGUUCUCAAGGCAAAAAGUCAGACGAGUGGUGUUUAUUCGACUCAAGAUCCUUCCAAACAAUAUACACUUGCCUAG